UAAACGCACCCAAAGCGCUUCUUCCAAUUUUCUCAUCUCAAAGCCACCGUAAAAAUUGAAAAUGGCAUCCGAAAAUGACAGUUCCAGGGUCGGAUCUGGAUCUCACACCGCCAACGGAAGCGCUACUUCUGACCUCAAGGUCGCGUUGAUCACCGGCAUCACCGGUCAAGACGGUUCGUACCUUACCGAAUUUCUCCUCCACAAAGGCUACGAAGUCCAUGGCUUGAUCCGCCGCUCCUCCAACUUCAAUACGGAGCGAAUCAACCACAUCUACGUUGAUCCACACAACGCCCACAAGGCUCGCAUGAAGCUCCAUUACGCUGACCUAACCGACGCUUCCUCGCUUCGUCGCUGGCUCGACACUAUCCUACCCGACGAGGUUUACAAUCUGGCGGCUCAGUCUCACGUGGCCGUCUCUUUUGAGAUCCCCGAUUACACGGCUGACGUGGUGGCUACGGGAGCUCUCCGGUUGCUGGAAGCCGUUAGAUCCCAUAUCACUGCCACGAGUCGAACCCAUAUCAAGUACUACCAGGCUGGAUCGUCCGAAAUGUUUGGAUCUACCCCUCCGCCGCAAUCUGAAAAUACACCGUUUCACCCCAGAUCUCCAUACGCAGCUUCCAAAUGCGCCGCGCAUUGGUACACCGUGAAUUACAGGGAAGCGUACGGGAUUUUCGCAUGCAAUGGGAUUCUUUUCAAUCACGAGUCUCCGAGGAGAGGAGAGAAUUUCGUGACCCGGAAGAUUACUCGGGCCGUUGGGAGGAUCAAGAUUGGGUUACAGAACAAAUUGUUUUUGGGGAAUCUUCAAGCUUCGAGGGAUUGGGGUUUUGCUGGGGAUUACGUGGAAGCUAUGUGGAUGAUGCUUCAACAAGAGAAGCCGGACGAUUACGUUGUGGCGACGGAGGAGUCACAUACGGUGGAGGAGUUCCUGGAAGUGGCAUUUGGGUAUGUUGGGUUGAACUGGAAAGAUCAUGUGGUGAUUGACAAGAGGUAUUUUAGGCCUGCUGAGGUGGAUAACUUGAAAGGCGAUUCGAGUAAGGCGAGGAAGGUUCUUGGGUGGAAACCCAGAGUUGGAUUUGAGCAAUUGGUGAAGAUGAUGGUUGAUGAAGAUAUUGAAUUGGCUAAGAGGGAGAAAGUAUUGGUUGAUGCCGGUUAUAUGGAUGCCCAACAACAGCCUUAAUCUCGAGAGCCUUGGCAAAUUUUCUUCUUGGAUGAUAUAGUUGGUGUUUAAGAAUAGGGUAUUUAUUUAAUUUAAGUUCUCUGUCGUUUUCUUUUUCCAUUCAAUCGCAGAAGUUCAUAAUGAUGUCACUCUUGAGUUAUUUUGAUUUUGUUUAAGAAGAGCCUGAAGUUUGCAGUUUAA